UUUUCAUUAGUAGUUUUGUAGACCUCGUUCAGUCGGUCAGUCCCGCGUUUCUUGGACGCUCAAAAACUUUUCCGAAACUUAAAAACUUUUCAAAGUAAUAGCUAGUAAGUUAUUAGGGAGUUCUAGUGCUAAAAUUUCGGAUGAUUUAGGAAGUGAUUUGUGUAAGAGGGCUGGAAAAUAAUCUGAAAUUUAUCGUGCAACAGGUGUCAGAGUGAGAUACGGUACUGUUUUUAGAACAUUGUUGUUGGUGUACUGUUUUUAGUACAUUGAUGGUUGAUACUGUUUGUAGUACAGUACAUUGACGGUGUACUGCUUUUAGUAGAUAAAUAAUUUAAUUUGCUCAGGAACAAGCCAUACAAACACAAAUACUGUUUUUAGUAAGUAACAAGGUGUACUGUUUUUAGUCACUGUGACAAAAAAUUGUUAGUAAACAGUGUGAGAGUGAAAGCGUAGCUAAGUGCCCCGAUUAAAUUGGACUGGUAAAUCGUUGAUCGACAACGUCCUGCUUUUAGCUGCUUGUGAAGGAGGAGAGAAAGAAGAAGAAAAAGAAAGAAGAAGAAAGAGAAAGAAGAAGGAGAAGUGAAAGAAGAAAGAUGCCACAAGAAAAUAAGCCGGCCGCGGGAGGUACUACAGGGAGUACUCAUAGUGCUCUAGCUUGGAUCAGACUGAACUAUGAUUACUUCAAAAGCAUACCCGGGAUUUUGAAGAUCGUUCAAGCGAUUCUUGGCAUAUUCUGUAUGAUCUUCGCUUCGCCGGCAAUUCUGGCGGGUACCCACUGGUUUCUGUUCGUGGUGGUCACCAGCUUCAUAGCGACUCUGAUCUGGAUGUCCGUCUACUUCCUCGGAGUACGGGAGGCCCUCCAGUUACCUAUCAACUGGAUACUUACUGAGUUCCUGAAUACCGUAGUGGUGGCCAUUCUAUACUUCACAGCUUUUGUCAUCCAGCUGACGGCUUGGUCUCCCAACUACCAACCUCAGUUCCGCAACCCCAACAUCACUGCAGGGGUAAGAAAACGAUUUCGAAAAUUCUGUCGUCUUCUGAUUAACAUGAUUUCUUCAUUCUUUUAUUCGAUUUCCCAACUAUAUCAUUGA